GGGUGCGCGGGCUCCACAGAGGGGCCGCAGCAGCGGACGGGCCCCGAGCGUGCCGACGACCGGGAGGCGCUGGUAGACCUCUGCCGCAGAAGGCACUUCCUCAGCGGGACGCCGCAGCAGCUCAGCCCGGCUGCGCUCCUGAGCGGCUGGCACUUGGGCUUUGGACCUUUGGGUGUGGAGUUGCGAAAGAACCUGGCCUCGCAGUGGUGGUCCUCCAUGGUGGUGGCCAGGGAGCAGGUCUUCGCGGUGGACGCCCUCCACCAGCAGCCAGGCCCUUCGCAGCCCGGGGACAGCGCCUGCAGGUUAGUGUCUCCAGAGUGUGUACGCGAAAUCUUGCAAGACCAAGAAACGAGUAAGGAACAGCUAAUGGCGUUUCUUGAGAACUUAUUAAAAACUUCUGGGAAGCUACGGGCGACUCUUCUUCACGGUGCCUUGGAGCACUAUGUUAAUGGCCUGGAUCUGGUAAAUAGAAGGCUACCUUAUGGUCUUGCUCAGAUUGGAGUGUGUUUCCAUCCUGUUUUGGACACUAAGCAGAUACCUAGCAGUGUCAAAAGAAUUGGUGAAAAGACUGAAGCUUCAUUGGUGUGGUUUACUCCUGCAAGGAAUUCAAGCCAGUGGUUUGACUUCUGGCUGCGGCAUAGGCUUCUAUGGUGGAGAAAGUUUGCUAAGAGUCCAUCUAACUUCAGCAGCACUGACUGUCAGGAUGAAGCAGGGCGAAAGGGAAGCAAACUUUACUACAGCUUUCCCUGGGGAAAGGAGCCAAUCGAGACUCUGUGGAACCUAGGAGAUCAAGAACUCUUACACAUGUAUCACGGGAGUAGUGCGUCUACAUUACAGGGUCGAGAUGGGCGGAAAAACGUCAUUCCUUGUGUUCUGUCCAUAAAUGGGGACCUAGACCUAGGCACGCUGGCUUACAUCUGCGAUUCCUUCCAGCUCACAGAGAACUCCUUUGCAAGGAAGAAGAGCCUUCAGCGAAAGGUGCUUAAACUUCACCCUUGUUUAGCCCCUAUUAAGGUUGCUUUGGAUGUGGGGAAAGGCCCGACAGCAGAACUGAGACAGGUUUGUCAAGGGCUACUUAAUGAAUUUCUAGAGAAUGGGAUUUCUGUGUGGCCUGGUUAUUUGGAGACUGUGCAGUCUUCAUUAGAGCAACUCUAUUCAAAGUAUGAUGAAAUGAGCAUUCUCUUCACCGUUCUCAUCACUGAGACUACUUUGGAAAAUGGAUUGAUCCAGCUGAGAAGCAGAGACACCACGAUGAAGGAAAUGAUGCACAUAUCCAAACUGAAAGACUUUCUAGUCAAGUAUCUAGCAUCUGCAAAAAAAGUAUAGGUCUUCAUAGUCCUGUAAUAAAUAUUCUGUAUUGAGCCGGGUGGUGGCGGCACACGCCUUUAGUCCCAGCACUCAGGAGGCAGAGGCAGGCAGAUCUCUGUGAGUUCAAGACCAGCAUGGUCUACAAGAGCUAGUUCCAGAACAGCCUCCAAAGCCACAGAGAAACCCUGUCUCAAAACAAACAAACAAACAAAAAAAUCUGUAUUGAUUUAUUAGCUUACAUUAAUAUGGGUUUGGCCCUUUUGCAUUUAUAAAGUGCACAUUUUUGUCUCUCUGUUUUUAUUAUCCUUUUGAUAUGGUCUAUAAUGACACAUAAAUCCUGAUUGGACUGCAUGGUGAGACCUUGUCUCAAAAAUGGAAAAGGAAAGGUCCUGAGGCUGGAUGUGCUCAUUCCUGUAAUCUCAGCACUUGGGAGGCUGGGACAGGCUUGUUGAGCAUUCUAGGCCAAUCGAGGCUGUGGAGUGAGACUUGUCUCCAACGUAAACAAACAAGAACGUUGUUGAGGUGGCUCAGCAGGUUGAGGCAUAUGCCACCAGACCAAAGAGUUUGAUACCCAGCACAUAACAUGGUGGAAAGGUGAGAACCAAAUCCUCCAAAUGUGAACCUUGGUAAGUGUACCACCAUCUUAGAAAAUCAGUUUCAUAAGAAAAUCCUACAAAAUCAGUUUCAUUAAAAACAAAAUAAAAGGAAAUUGAGGAGUUGGGCAGGUCCAGAGUUAGUGUAACAGUAAAUAAUUGGGGACUCAGGUGCUUCCUGUCUUCUAUUCUGUUAUUUUACUUGCUUGGUUCAUUCUGGUUUUGGGGGACAGGAUCUCAAGUAACCUGGGCUGGGCUGCCCUACAUCUUGACUUGUAGCCAAUAAAGACCUUAAACUGAUCCUCCUGUAAUCCCACCUCCUGAGUGAUGGGAUCACAGGUAUAUACUACCACACCCAGUUUAUGUACUGCUGGGGAUAGAAACCAAGGCUUUGUACAUGCUAAGCAAAUAUUCUACCAACUGAGCUACAUCCCCAACUCCCAACUGUAGGUAUUCUAUUAGAAUGGAAAAUGAAGCACUGUUUUGCAAUAUCCUUCAUGUUUGUGAUACUGAGAAUUGAACCUAGGGCCUGACAUCCUCCUGUUUAAGCCUCUCAAGAUGAUUGGUAUGAGCCACCA